UUAUAUUUCAUAUGCCUAAUUGACCUAAGUUUAGUUUUGCUCUCCUCUCUUCUGCAAUUCCUCAGCCACCAUACACUUCUCCUUCCGCCGCGCCAUUCUCUUCCGGCCACCCUCUUUCCGAGCUAUUCCCUUCUCGCAACCACCAUUCUCCGACGUACUUUCUGGUUUUUGUCUUCCCGCGCUCCGUCCGGCCACACUACUUUGUUCACCGCCAUCUUUCUUAAACCCUAAACCCUCAAACCGUUAUUCAUUCAUAUUUCAAAGCUUCCAUGGAUUCAAUGGAUUUUAAGCUGAGUGAACUACUGAAAGAAGUUCAAGUAGAUUACUCUCCCCAGUUCUCUAAACUCGUAGACGACACCGUCUCUUCCAUCAAAUCUUCCAUCGACAAAAUCCCUGAAAACUAUAAGGUUAAUGCUGAUUUGGCACCGAAUUUUGUUAGGGACAUCGGUGCUGAUAAGGUGGAGUUCAAAUUUAAGAAGCCUUCGGUUUUUAAGCUUGGUGGUAGUUACUCCAUACGAAGUCUCGCAAGGCCUGAAUUAAAUGUGGACCUUAUUAUAAGGUUACCGAAGGAGUGCUUCCAUGAGAAGGAUUAUUUGAACUAUAGAUACCAUGCCAAGAGGUGUCUUUAUCUCUGCUUGCUGAAAAAGUAUUUGGAGAAAUCUCCAUCUAUUGGUAGGGUUGAAUGGUCUACCAUGCAGAACGAAGCUCGAAAGCCUUUACUGAUUGUGUAUCCGGCUGCAAAGCUUGUUGAUGUUGAUGGUUUUUCUGUGAGAAUUAUUCCAUCGGCCAUGUCUAUCUUUAGCAUACCGAAGUUAAACAUGACACGUAAUAACAUUCAUAAUUCGAACAAUGGGAGUUCUGUUCAAGCAACACCGAAGUAUAAUUCUAGUAUCUUGGAAGACGUGUUUAUAGAGGAUACAGAAUUAAUGAACAAACUUUUUCUUGGAUGGAAGGAACUAAGAGCAGCUUUAAUCCUACUGAAGGUAUGGGCUCGACAGAGAAGUUCAAUAUAUGCUCAUGAUUGCCUGAAUGGAUUUUUGAUAUCCAUCAUACUUGCACAUCUUGCUUCUAGGGAACAAAUUAAGAAUUCAAUGAAGGUCAUUGAAAUAAUUCGCAUUACUUUGAACUUCCUUGCCACUUCGGAGACUUGGAGCCGAGGUGUCUACUUUCCAAAGGAAGGCCAGGGAAAUAUUACUAAAGAGGAAAGAAUGCAACUAAAAGGGUCAUUUCCAAUUGUGAUAUGUCAUCCAUCAGGGGCAUUCAAUUUGGCUUUUCGAAUGUCUAGGAUUGGUUUUACCCAGCUUCAAGACGAGGCUGCUACGACACUUAAAUGCAUGGAAAAGUGUAGAGGUGGUGGAUUUGAGGAAGUUUUUAUGACCAAGAUUGACUAUGCUGUUAAAUAUGAUUAUUGUAUGAGAAUAAACUUUAAAGGAAACAAAGAGCUAUAUGCGUCAGGAAUUUGUUUGGAUGAUGAAUGCUGGAGAUUGUAUGAGGAGAAAAUACAUGCUAUAUUAGCUAAAGGAUUGGGUGAUAGAGCAAAAUUCAUUCGAGUUAUAUGGAGAAAUGCAGAAUGUCAAUGGCGCGUGGAUGAUGGCUUGUCAAUACUUGAUAAAGAGCCCUUGUUCAUAGGAAUUUCAGUCAGUAAUUUGGAGAAAGCAUAUAGGAUGGUUGAUAUUGGUCCAAAUGCUGAGAGUAAAGAAGAGGCUCUUGCGUUUCGAAAGUUUUGGGGAGAUAAAGCAGAGCUUAGAAGAUUUAAAGACAGUAGAAUUGCAGAAAGCACAGUAUGGGAAUGUCAGAAAUGGGAAAGGCAUCUGAUUUUGAAAAAUAUAGCUGAGCACGUCCUUAGUCUGCAUCUAUCUCUUCCCAAGGACAAUAUUAUAGUAGUUGUGGAUCAACUCGAUUUUUCUUUGGCUCAUGGUGCUGCAGACCCUAUAUCAUACUCUGGAAGUUUGCUCGAGGCAUUUGAUGUUCUAUCAAAACGCUUGCGUCUUAUUGAAAACCUCCCUUUGAAGGUGUCUAGUGUACAACCUUUAGACUCCGCAUUCAGGUUUACAUCAGUCUUCCCUCCCGAACCUCACCUACUAGCUAAUGAAAAGAUUGAAUCUUUCAGACUGAAUAAGUUUGUUCCAUCAUGCAUUCAACCACUAGAAAUAAUGGUUCAGCUGGAAGGUUCUGGGAACUGGCCAAUGGAUGAAACUGCAAUUGAAAAAAUAAAAUCUAGUUUCCUUAUUCAAAUUGGAGAAAGUCUUCAAAAGAAGUGGGGGAUGACAUGCACUGCAACUCAGGAUGAUGUGGACAUAUUAAUGUCAGGAUAUGCAUUUCGUCUUAAACUUUUGCAUGAAAGGGCCCUUAGUUUGCUCAAAGAAAUUGGGAAUGAUAAAAAAACACGGGUACAUUCUGCAGACAAGACGCUUUUGAUUCGUAGUCAACAUGCUAGCAUGAUAAAUGGACUACAAAGUCUUUACCCAAUUUAUGGACCAGUAGUUAGACUAGCAAAACGUUGGGCUGCUUCACAUCUAUUUUCUGCUUGUUUGGUAGAGGAGGCCAUUGAGCUAUUGGUUGCAUAUCUCUUUCUCAAUCCUUUGCCGUUUGAAGCUCCAUGCUCACGGAUCACUGGAUUUUUAAGAUUCCUGCAGUUGCUCUCAGACUAUGAUUGGACUUUUUCUCCCUUGGUUGUUGACAUAAAUAAUGACUUGAGCCAAAGUGAUGUAAAAGAAAUAAAUGAUAACUUUUUGCUACAAAAAAAAGGCCAGGGAGAGAAUGGGCAAAAUGUAGGGCCGGUGAUGUUCUUGGCAACAGUUUACGAUAAAGCAUCUGAGGCCUGGACUGGAUUAUCACCUAAUGCACUGGAACUUAAAAGGUUAGCUGCAUAUGCCCGAAGCAGUGCAAAUUUGCUAAGGAAACUCACAUUUCAGGAGGAGAUUGGUCCAAAUAGAUGGGAGUGCCUUUUACGGACUCCUUUAAACAAUUACGAUGCAAUCAUUAUUCUCCACAAGGACAAACUUGCGUAUCCUCAAAGGCUUCUCUUCUCAUCAGAAGUUGGUCACGGAACCCAAGUUGCUAAAGGACAUGCUAGCAAAUUCUUCCAACCCUUUUUGUUGCCUAGAGAUUUGAAGGGUAGGCCAGAGGAACUUAAAAAGAAGUUGCUGGUUGACUUCGAUCCAUCAAGGUGCUUUAUCAAAGAUUUAGAGAAAGAGUUUUCCUCCACAUUCAAGUUAUGGCAUGAUUCUCUAGGAGGUGAUGCCAUCGGUCUAACAUGGGCGAAAUCGUGUCCUUCCAAGAAGCGGAAACAAGAUGAAGUGGUUAAGGAAGGAUAUGACCCUAGGAAGGUGCUAAAAGCUGUAGGUGAAGUUGGAAAAGGGUUUGUGAGGAGUAUAUACUUUAUCAAGCCACCAAGGAUUGCUAACUAAUGCCAUUUAUGUAUAAAUGAGAAAAUUUUGUCUCUAGUCAAUUUAAUUAAUUAGAAAAGCAAUUUUGGUCAGCAUGGAGAACACAGUUGAAUGUAGGAUCGAUCUGGUAGAGCACACGAGUUUGUGUAGAUUGGUGCACAUGUAUUCUGCUCUCCCACUUUCAAAGUUUGGCAGCCCGAAUGGAAUGAAGAAAUCCAGAUUCUUAUGUAUUGUAAAGAAGCUGAUAUAGUGUAUCAUUAAUUUAUAUGUUUCACGAGUUUUUUCAA